AUGGCUAAGCGUACUCGCCGGGACUCAACUUCGUAUCCCGAUAUUCCCGCACCGAAACGGCUUCGGGAUGUCCGAGCGCCGCCUAUUGAUCGGCUAUCUUCACUGAGCAACGAGCUCUUACUACAUAUCUUGUCGUUCCUCCCCAUCGAAUCAUUGAACGUCUGCCAAAGGUUAUCUCGCCGGUUCCAUGCUUUGGGCGGAGAUUCGGAACUAUGGAAAAGACAGUACUACUCCCACUGGGUGCGCCCGCGUGCCCGUCGCCUUGCUAACAUAAAGCGGUCAUCUAAACCAAGUGGCUCGGAAUAUUCGCCCAAGGUUUCCACGUGGCUUGAUCAUGGUCACUUAGCCCAAGAGGGUCAAGUUACCAAUUGGAAACGACAAUAUCGUCUACGACAUAAUUGGUCUAAAGGGCUAUGCCGAGUGACUGAAGUCGAAUUGCCUCAGCCAUCCUGUCCUCCUGUUUUGGUGAAGCUCUGUGCUGGGGUUGUCUUCACAACAGAUACGGCACAUGGACUUCGAGCUUGGGCAGCAAAAGACCCUACGCGCUGUCUAGCUACAGCUUCAUUUGAAGAUUCUGUUGCUCAACCCACGGCUUUGGCUGUCAGUGAGGAAAAUAAAGAGAUUGAAAUUGUCGUCGGGUUCAAUGAUGGUCGAUUCAGCCGUUAUGGGCUGGAUGUUCAUAAAAGCUGUUUCAUCCUACGCUCCGUUCGCGUUGCAUUCAGCGAUGGCGCCAUCACGGCCAUGGCUUUAUCCUCACCAUACCUCUUGGUUCUCUCCCAAUGGAAAAUACUCUCCUUGCACCGCCUAGAACCGCCCGCGAAUCAUUCUGAGGGAAGUGAUAAUCCGGAACCACGUGAGCUUGUCUCCUUGCGAGCGGAUAAUAUAGUUGCUCCGAUGACUCUCUCUCUCCGCGUUUCCGCGUUGGAAAUAAUUGUCACCAUCGUCUAUAGUUUCUUUCAUAUUGGCUGUGGAUGGUCCCUGGGUAUCCAAGAAUUGCGUUUCGACCAACAAGGCCAACAACUUGGAUCCCGGCUGGCUAGUACCGUGGAUUCGCAAUAUGGAAUUAAUCCUCUCCAAAAAGAUCCAACAGCGAAUUCUGGACAACCGUCAACUACCACGGGGCUUACGAACCAUACUGUGACCGCUCCCACGGCCCCGUCAAUUUUGCAUCAACAACCCCCGACAUCGAUGUCAUACUCCCAUCCCCUAUUUACUGACAGCACAUGCUGA